AUGCGAGUGCCCACCAGCACCGCCGCCUCCGCACUGCGCCACCAUCGCAACAACAGGGUCGACGCACUCGCCGCUAUACUCCAGACAUGCGCCGCCGCCGCCUCCCUCUCCGCCGUCCGCCAGGCCCACGCCCGCGUCCUCCGCGUUGGUCUCCACGGCAACAACUCCCUCGCCGCCACCUUGCUCGUCCUCUACGCCGCCCUCUCCCCGUCCCCACUUCCGGCUCUCCGGGUCUUCUCCUCCGUCCCCUCCCCUGCUCUCUCCCUCUUCAACCGCGCCAUCCGGGCCUUCUCCAGUGGCGGCUCCGCCGCGGCGCUGCUCGCCCUCCGCCUAUACUCCCAGAUGCCGCGGCGCAAGAUAUCGCCUGAUAACUUCACCAUCCCCUUCGUCCUCAACUCCUGCGCGGCGCUGCUGGACCUCUCCGCCGGCGGCGAGGCCCACUCUCGUGCCGUCAGGAGCGGGUGCAUGGGCUUCCUGCCGGUGCCCAACGCGCUGAUCGACAUGUACGGCAAGUGCGGAGCCCUCGAGAGCGCCCGUAGGCUGUUCGAUGAAAUGGCUGCUAGAGACGUGGUAAGCUACAACGCGCUCCUCGGAGCCCACGCGAAGACGGGCGGCGACAUGGCCUCCGCGCGGAGGCUGUUCAACGAUAUGCCCCAGAGAAAUGUCAUCACCUGGAACGCCAUGCUCGUCGGACACGUCAAUGGCGGAGACCUUCGCUCCGCGAGGGCCGUUUUCGACGCCAUGCCGGCGAGGGACGUCGUCUCCUGGACGACCAUGCUCGUCGGCUACACGAAGAACCGGCUGCUCGACGAGGCGCGCGUCCUGUUCGACGUAAUGCCGGAGAGGAACCUCAUCUCCUGGACGGCGAUGAUCACGGGCUACGCGCAGAACGGCCGGCCUCACGAGGCCCUUGAGCUUUUCCGGGCCAUGGACCGCGCCGGCGUACGCGCCGACGCCGUCGCCACGACCGGCGCCGUCUCCGCCGUGGCCCAGCUCGGCAGCGCGGACCUUGCCCACUGGGUGGCGGCGUACGCCGACCGCAGGGGCAUCGAGCGGAACCAGCACCUGCUCACGGCACUGGUCGACAUGCACGCCAAAUGCGGGAGCUUGGAGGCGGCGCGCGAAUGCUUCGAGCAGAUCCCCUCGCCGGAUUCCUUCGCGUACAGCGCCCUCAUCAACGGCCUCGCCGCGCACGGCCGCGGCGGCGAGGCCCUGAAGCUCUUCCGGCGGAUGCAGUCGGGGGGUGUCGGGGCCGACGCCAUCACCUUCGUCGGCGUGCUGAACGCCUGCAGCCACGCGGGGUUGGUCGACGAGGGGCUGAGCUUCUGGGACGCGAUGGUGCGGCGGCACGGCGUAGAGCCCACGGCGGAGCACUACGCCUGCGUGGUCGACAUGCUCGGGCGCGCCGGGAGGCUGCAGGAGGCGCACGAACUCAUCAGAGCGAUGCCGGCGGAGCCGUACGCCGGAGCGCUCGGCGCGCUGCUAUCAGCUUGCAGGACCUACGACGAGGUUGGCAUUGCAGAGGUCGUCGCAGGGGAGCUCUUCGAGUUGGAGCCGGAGAACACCGGGAACUACAUGCUUCUGUGGAGCAUAUACGCCGGGAGAGGGCGGUGGGCGGACGCAGAGAGGGUCAGGGAGGCGAUGAGCGAGAAGGGGGUGAAGAAGCUGCCAGGCUUCUGUUGGAGUUCAUGA